AUGGCGGGGCUGAAAAUGGCCACGGGCGAGGAGAUCGACGGAUCCUUCGAGCUGCGGGUGGAGGUGGAGGAGGAGCGGGAAGCCCCCCCUGACCCCGGUACCCGCAGCCCCCCGUUCCGGCCCGGCUCGGGCCGCGCUCUCUGGUGGGAGCAGCGGCGCCGGUGGCUGCUCAGCCCCUCCCCCACGCUGGACGCGCUGGGGGUGGGGGGGGGGUCCCGGCUCCGCUUCGCCCCCCGGCUCCGCCCCCUGCGCCUGCGCCUCCCCCCCGGGGGGGUCCUCAGGACGCGCCUGGACUGCGCCGAGACCCCCGGCAGGGCCGUGGCUGCGCUCUGCGCGCUGCUGGGGCUCCCCCACCCCGAGGAGCUCUCGCUGCUAUGGCCGGAGCGGGUGGGGGAGGGGCGCGACCCCCCCCCGCCCCCCCCCCGACCUGGACCUGACCCACCUGAGACCAGGCUCCGCCCCUCCCCCCGAGUUGCUCCGCCCCCUGUGCAGUCUCAGGAUUGGGGGGGCGGGGCCCCCCAGGACCCCCCCGGAGCCCCCCCGGGACCCCCUGGAGCGACGGGCGCGGCUGCACGCGCGGGCGUGGCCGCCGAGCAGGAGCUGGAGCUGUGCUUCAAAUACCCCUGCGCUAUGGGGGAGCCUCAGCCGGGGCUGCACUCGCAGCUGCUGCAGGCGCAGGCGCUGGGAUCCAUCCUGGCCGAGGAGAUCGAGUGCAGCGAGGAGCAGGGGCUGCGCUUUGCUGCCCUGCAGGUACCCCCAAAACCCCCACAAAAUACCCCCAAAAACCAGCCCAAAAACAGCCCAAAACCAGCCCAAAAACAGUCCCAAAAAAUUUCAAAAUAA